AAAUAUGUAUCUAAGAUAGUGUGCAUAAUACUAAUUGAUUAUUCACAAUGUGGGUGAUGUCUCUCUUCAGUAGAGUAAACAUAUGUAAGCAGGAAUUGAUCACAUUUCUCCUAUGCCCAGUUUCUUCAGGUUCUUCAGGAUGGCAGCAAAUAAUGUUAGUAUUGAUCCAGAAUUCACCAGGAUAUGCUCUGAAGCAACACUGCAGUCAAAGAAGGAAGGUUUUUUCCUUGUUUAUGCAGAAUCUGUUGAAGACCAGCUUGGAGAAAAAUGGAUUCACAAGACAUUUUCAAAGCUCAGCACAGAUGAAGAAAGAAUAUCAAUUUGCUACUCAGACCCACAGGUUCGUGAAGCAAUUCUGAGUACAAUGAAGCACGUCCGUCCUCUGUACCGUGCAAAGGAUCCUGUUAUAGCACAGCAAAAGUUGCUGGAGGGACACAAGGAAAUGUCUAAUGGAGACAAUGCCAAGGCACUCAUUUUAUUCACGCAGGCUCUCCUGAGGGCAAUGUCAGCAGACUCAGAACCAUCAAAGACACUGCCACAUGCCUUUGCUGCUAGGUCUGAGGUCUUGUUUGAGAUGGGCAAGUACCAAGAAAGUAUUAAAGACAUACAGUUAGCAAUUCGUGAAGGAUUUCCUGAGAAUCGCAGAUUUCAGCUAUAUUGGCGAAUGGCUCGCUGCCACCGACAUCUUGGAGAAACUGCAAAAGCCCGUGUCUGCCUACAACUAUCACUUAAGUUGCUGGAGAACGCUUCAUCAAAGGAUCAACAUUCAAGGAUAAUUAUAUUAGAAGAAAUGGAAGCGCUGCAGAAAAGUGUCACAAGCACCACACAGCAAGAAAAUAAGGAAAUGAAACCAGGUCUACCAGCUGUAGUUGGUGGUGAGAAUCGCUCAAUGCCAGGAGCAUCAUCCUAUCUUAAGGUUGCUCAUAGUGAUAACAAAGGGAGGUACUGUGUCACCAGGAAUGCAAUUGCUGCUGGAGACUGUAUUGUAGCAGAGCAUCCCUAUGCAUCUGUUUUGCUCCCAGAAAUGGGAGGAACACAUUGCCACCAUUGUUUCCAAAGGCUGGAAACAGCAGUGGGCUGCCCUACAUGUUCAGGUGUUGCUUUUUGUUCAUCAGAGUGCCGUGAUAAGGCUCUCACUACUUAUCAUCAACAUGAAUGCCGUUACUUGGGACUCAUGUUAGGAUCAGGCAUGAGUAUCCUUUGCAUGCUUGCUCUGAGAAUAAUAACACAAGAACCUGAAGGAUUGCACUUUUUUUGCAGACUAAAGCCUCACUUGACUACAGAUGGGAAAGGUUCUAAUAAAAAGUGUGAACUAGAUUCUCAUGCUAAAGAGUACUUGCGUGUUUGGAAUCUUGAAACACACAAGGAGGAGAGAACUCCACAUGACUUCUUUCAGCGUACAUUGAUGGCUGUUUUCCUUCUUCGAAUUCUGCAAGACAGUGGAAAAUUCUUCCCAGCAAAAGAGAAAAAUGCAGGAAAGAAUGAAGAUGAGUACAGUGUUAAUGCAGAUGAAAUAUUCAUUGGUGCUCUCUUACUUCAUCAUCUGCAACUGCUGCAGUUUAAUGCACAUGAAAUAUUUGAGACUGUAGUGAGACAAAAAGGUAUAAUAAAAGGAUCAAAAACAGUAUACCUUGGAGUUGGGCUUUACCCAACUGUUUCAUUCUUCAAUCAUGACUGCUAUCCUGCUCUUGCAAGACACUUUGUGGGCUCUGCAUUAAUACUGCAUGCACUUCGCCCCCUAAAAUCAGGGGAAGAAGUACCUGAGAACUAUGGUCCAGUAUAUACAAAACAUUCACUUGAAUACAGACAGAGACAGCUGCAAUGUCGGUACUGGUUUUGUUGUCAUUGCAAAUCAUGCUCUGAGAACUGGCCUGACUUGGAGAAACUGACUAAUAGCAAACCAGUAUUCAGAAAAGGUACUGGAAGGAAGAGAGAUGACCUCAACAAUCAACUUGGCACACUGAUAUGUGACCUAUUUGAUCCUGCACUGAAUCUAACGGAGGAAGGAGAUGUGUCACGUGCCACCCAGCUGUUGGCAGAGUUUGUGAACUCAACCGAUGAACUAGGUGUGCGGCCUCCACACAGAGAGACACAGCUGGCAGCGGACGCACUGCAUCUGUGUUUGGCUGAUAAGGGCAAUGUUUUUGUGUUGAAACAGUAGCCACAUUCUCCUUAAAAACUGAUACAUAUCUGAUUGCUAAAAAAUAAAUAUCUUUAAAGAACUGCCAAACAUUACAAUGGAAGAAAAAUUGAAAAUGUAACUAGUACAUAAAUACAAAUAAAAUAUAGAUGAGUAGGUGUCCCAGAUCAUAAAAAGAGAGAAGAUAUGAGGGAGAAAAAUAUUAUGGUUUGAAGGUAAAGAUCUGCAGAAAAUAAAGAUUAUACACACCAGCUGUGGUAGCUCAUUGCAACUGGUGUCACAGAUAUUACUGCAAGUUAAAACUUUUAUGUCCACCAUUUUUAUAUAUACCUUACUUACUUAAAAUGUAUAGCUGGUCAAGAUCUGGAAGCUGCGAAUGUAAUUUUGGAGAAUAAACAUGAAGUUCACAAAGUA